AUGGCCCAAAUAGACAAGGGUUGGAUGACAAUAAAAAAUAGAUUAAGUAGUAGGGAGUAUCAAAAAGGGGUGAAUUCAUUUAUUGAAUUUGUGAAGAUAAAUGUAGGCUUCGAGGAUAAGAUUCGGUGUCCAUGUAUCGAUUGCUUUAACGACAAAAUACAUACAAGCCACGUGGUAAAGAUUCAUUUGAUUAGAAGAGGGAUAUCUCUUUCUUAUAAGACUUGGGUGCACCAUGGGGAACUUGUUCCUGUGGCUCAACCUCUCAUACCGAAUGAAGGUCACCAUGUCAUAUAUAGUGAAAUUGUAGUGGAAGAUCGGGAUAUCGGGGAUGAUUUGCCUACAAUGUUGGAAAAGGUUUGCAGGGGUUUUGCAAUGGAUGAGGAAGGGGACGAAUUACCUGCUAGUUUUGAGAAUGUGGAGGGGCGCAACUUUGAUAAAUUAUUUGAAGAUGCUCAACGUAAACUAUACCUGGACUGCACAAGUUUCACUAUGUUGUCAUUUGUUAUUAAGAUGCUUCACAUUAAGGUGUACAACAAGUGGAGCAAUAACUCAUUUGAUAUGGUUAUGAAAGUUUUCAAGGCUACUCUACCUGAGUGGGAUGAGACUGUUCCAUGGACCAUAUAUGCCGCCAAAAAAUUCUUACGUGACUUGGGUUUGGGCUACGUUCCCAUUUAUGCAUGUAGGUAUGACUGUGCAUUAUUUUGGAAGGAGAAUGCAAAUCUUCAUAAUUGCCCCAAGUGUAAAGAGCCUAGAUACAAGUUGGACAACGAAAAGGAUAAGAAGAUCCCUCAUAAGAUAUUGAGGUACUUUCUGUUGACAUCAAGAUUGAAGAGAUUGUGUAUGUCCAAGAAAAACGCUACAGAUAUGAGAUGGCAAAAGGAGAAACGUCUGGAUGAUGGAAUAUUGAGGCAUCCGGCUGAUGCUGAGGCAUGGAAAGAGUUUGAUUGGCAACAUCCUGUGUUCGCCAUGGAUCCACGAAAUGUAAGGCCAGGGCUUGCCACCAAUGGUUUCAAUCCAUUUGGAAAUAUGAGCACAUCAUACAGUAUGUGGCACGCUAUCCUAAUGCCUUACAACCUUCCACCGUGGAAGUAUAUGAAAGAGCCUUUCUCUAUGAUGUCAUUGCUUAUUCCUGGACGAUUGGCACCUGGAAGAGAUAUUGAUAUUUACUUACAACCAUUAGUUGAUGAGUUGAAAGAGUUAUGGGGGGAUGGGGUGCAAACUUAUGAUGCCAAAAACGAACAAUUAUUUACAAUGCAUGCUGCAAUGAUGUGGACCAUCAACGACUUCCCUGCAUAUGGUAACAUGUCCGGGUGGACAACCAAAGGUUAUUUGGCUUGUCCCAUGUGUAGCAAGGACGCAUCAUCACAAAGGUUAACAAGGGAGCAACUAUUAGAGCAGAUUGAGACUGGGACAUACAAGCCAUUUGGAAAACAUCCAAAUAACAGGAAAAGACAAAGGGACGAAAAUCCAGUGUUCAAUUGGACAAAGAGAAGCAUUAUGUUUGAGUUGCCUUACUGGAAGACGCUUAAGCUUCGACAUAACCUUGAUGUCAUGCACAUAGAGAAGAACAUUUGUGACAAUUUGAUGGGAACACUAUUAAAUGUUGAUGGGAAGAACAAGGACACAGAAAAAGCACGGAUUGAUUUGGCAAAUUUAAAAAUUAGGAAGGAGUUACACCUACAGAGGCGUGGAGAUGGGUCAUUUGUGAAGCCGCCAGUUGUGUACACAUUAUCCACGAAUGAAAGACAAGGCUUUUAUGCUUUUUUGAAAUCAAUCAAGUAUCCUGACGGUUAUGCAGCAAACAUCUCCAAUUGCGUGAAUGCUGACAGUGGCAAAAUCUCAGGCCUCAAAAGUCAUGAUUGUCAUGUGCUUGUACAACGACUACUUCCGGUUGGGAUGCGUGGGUAUCUUAACAAUGCAAUUGGUACAACUCUUUUUGAGUUAGGAAAUUUCUUUCAACAAUUGUGUUCAAAGACGUUGAAGGUGACAGAUUUAGAGAAACUACAGGAUCAAAGCGCACUUGUACUUUGCAAGCUUGAGAAGAUUUUCCCUCCAGCUUUCUUUGAUGUCAUGGUUCACUUGGUUGUUCAGUUGCCGCGCGAGGCUAUACUUGGAGGGCCAGUGCAAUAUCGAUGGAUGUACCCAAUUGAACGGCUACUUGGAACUCUAAAAGGAUUUGUUGCCAAUAAAGCUCAUCUGGAAGGUUCAAUUGCGGAGGCAUACUUUUCCAAAGAGUGUAUAACUUUCUGCUCGAUGUAUCUUGAUGGAAUUGAAACAAUGUUUAAUCAAGAAGAAAGGAAUGAUGACGGUGGUGACCACGGCUCAGGGUUAGCCAUCUUCUCUCAAAAUGUUCGUCCAUUUGGUCUAAUCAGUAGGGCACCAGAUGUGUCUGUCAACGAACGAGAGAUUGCUCACUGGUUUGUCUUGUACAAUAGCUUUGAAGUGGAACAGGAACACAAGAACAUUUUGCAAAAUGGAAGUACUUGUGACACCACAAAGAGGCAACGAGAUGAAUUUCCUAAGUGGUUCAAAGAAUGUAUAAAUCAGUUGCGGAAUCAAGGGUCGCCGGAAGCAACCGAUGAAUUGUGGUCGUUGGCGAACGGUCCUAGUGCAAUAGUCAACACACAUUCGGGAUGUGUUUCUAAUGGUGUUCGAUUUCAUACCAUUGACCGUGAUAACCGUUCUCAAGUAGAACAAGUAUUCUACGUUAAUGAUACCAACUUAGGUGGGAAUUGGAAAGUUGUAGAACGAUUCCACCAUCGAGGAAUCUGGAAUGUGCCAGAGAUGGAUGGUGUACCUGAUGAUGUUCUCAAUAGUGUGUUCCAACAAGACGAAACCACCGAGGUUGUAACAAUUGUGGACGACAAUGGUAUGCAAUUUGAAGGCGGUGGCGAUGAAGGGGUUUUGUGUAGAGAUGAUAUUGAAUGUGAAAUUAUUCCAAAUACAAUGGUGACAAAAAUUGAGUUCAUGUUUGAUCUUGAUGCGGAUACGACAUUGUUAAUUGCUGGUGAGACAGUGGAACAGCUUGAUCUGCCAAAUGAAGAUGUGACUUUGAUUGCUGAGUUAAUCGAUAACUUGAUUGUCAAAACGCCUGCAACCAGUAGCAUUGCACAUCUAAUUUUAAACAGCAUUUUACAUCCCCACACUUCAUUGAUGGAUAUGCAUGUUGGGGUAGUGGAAGCAUGA